AUGUCCACUUUCACAACCUUUAUUCUUCUUCUCUUAGCCAUUGUUGUUGUUUCUAAUAAUGUUAACAAUGUCACUACUAGCAACCAAGAUCUUAUAAUUAACAAUAAGGUGGUGAGGGUGUUAAGUGCCAUGAAAUGGGCUAAGGGUACUCUAAAAGGACAAUUACUUAAUAAAGAGGCAGAGGACCAAAGCUAUAAUGAAUGUGUGAAGCUUUAUGAAGAGACUGAGCCAAGGCUAGCAAGGUUAGUUGUGUUUGGUGGUGAUCAUCACAAGUAUAAUUACAGCCAUGAUGAUGCUCUUACUUGGUUAAGUGCAGCAUUAGCAAGUCAUAGGAGUUGUUUAGAUGGCUUAAAAGAGAAAGGCUUAGCUACUUUUAUAAGUAGAAAUGAAGAAGCUCAAAACUUGACUUUGUUGCUUAAGGAUGCAUUGUUUCAUUAUCGACAACUAACGACUCUCUCAAGAACGGGGGCACAAUUAAUACCAAUGAACUCCAAUGAAGAAGACAAGGGGCUUUUGGCAUCAUGGAAUGCAGCAACAUCCAAACCUGAUAUAGUAGUUGCACUAGAUGGUUCUGGCAAUUACAAGACCAUCAACGACGCUGUGGCUGCGCUCUCUAGUAUGACACGACCAGAAAGAACAGUUGUGUAUGUCAAAUCUGGUACAUACCGCGAAAAUGUUGAAAUUGGAAGGGGACUUAAUAACUUGAUGUUCGUUGGUGAUGGCAUUGACAAAACUAUCGUUACUGGUUAUAAAAAUGUCCCAGAUGGAGCUUCCACCUUGGGCUCAGCUACAUUUGGCGUAUCUGCUGAUGGAUUUUGGGCCAGAGACGUGACAUUUGAGAACACAGCAGGACCAAACAAGCAUCAAGCAGUGGCACUAAGAGUAGGCUCAGAUCUCUCGAUUUUCUAUCGUUGCAGCUUUAAAGGUUACCAAGACACGCUCUUAGUACACUCUCUAAGACAAUUUUAUCGCGAUUGUCACGUAUAUGGCACCAUCGACUUCAUAUUUGGUGAUGCAUCUGCCGUUUUUCAAAAUUGUGACAUUUUUGUUAAGAGACCAAUGGAUUACCAAUCCAACAUGAUAACAGCACAAGGGAGGGAUGACUCAAAUGAGAAUACAGGGAUUGUUAUACUAAAUUCGCGAGUUUCUUCAUCUUCGGAGUUCACUGCUGUUAAAGAUAGUUUCAAGAAUUACCUAGGCAGACCGUGGAAAAAGUAUUCAAGGACAGUGUUUAUUAAGACGGAUUUGGAUGGAUUGAUUGAUCCAAAAGGGUGGAAAGAAUGGAGUGGUGAUUUUGCACUUUCGACAUUAUAUUAUGCAGAGUAUAUGAAUACAGGGAGUGGAGCUAAUACUGGAAACAGAGUAAAUUGGCCUGGUUUUCAUGUGUUACGUGAUGCCAAUGAAGCAAGCCCAUUUACAGUUACAAAUUUCAUACAAGGUGAAUCUUGGAUCCCAGCAAGUGGAGUACCAUAUUGGGCUGGCAUAUGA